AUGAAGAACUCAAUAGUUGGCCCGCAGUUAACAAAGAGGUUGAGUUGGAUAUCGCUAGCUACUUUCUUAGUAGCUUCACUCCUCCUUUUAUCAAGGUUCUUUGAUCCCAGGGCUGCUGUGAGGGGCGUGGCUCAAUUGGCCGUCCCGGCCAGUCAGGAGGCAGACAACUCUACAUUUGGCAGGAUUAUCGACGCCCUGUACAAACCUCGAUUACAUCCCAUCAUAGCCGAGAACUUUACCGAUGAGAUUGGUAAAGUUUUUCGGGUUCCCGGCGAGCCGUUCUACAAGCAGAGCCUGGGAAAGCGAGUCCUGAUCCUCGAUGCCGACACCCGACCGAUGAACAAAGAGGGAGAGCUACUCAGCACCGACGGCAUGAAGUGGCCGAAGCCAGACCCAGUUUCUUCUGGGAUGCUCAGUCACUAUCUAUACUCGCGAAUCCAUGGUUACGACUACCAAUUCGUUCAAGGAGUGCAAAUCUCUGACUGGUCCAAAACCUGGUCUAAAGUCCCUGAGAUAAAAAAAGCCCUCAGGACGCACGAGUUUGUCGUUUUCCUCGACCAAGACGCCCUCUUCCGCUAUCCGACGCUGCCGCUCGAGUGGCUCCUGAACCACUGGCAGCACGACGACGAGACCAGCCUCAUGCUGGCCUACGACCCCGAACGGCCCUUCAACACCGACUCCCACGGGAAUCUGUACAUGAACACGGGCUUCAUCAUUGCGCAGAACAGCUCGCGCACGCACGACCUCAUCGACGCCUGGCUGCGCUGCCCCGAGGGCGCCGAGCACGAGGGGUGCAUGCGCUUCGCGUACGAUUGGCCGCACGAGCAGGCCGCGCUCAUGAGCUUCGUCAAGGAGUACGAGUUUACGCGCCCGGGCGACGUGCGCGCCGUGCCGUGUGGCGAGGCCAACGGCUCGCCGUGGACGGCGGACCAGCACGGCUGCCGCGGCGCGCUGGUCCGCCACCUCUGGAAGGAGGGCAAGGGGCGGCAGGCGGAUGAGCUCGUCGAUUCGGUGAUGCAGUACUUGAUGCCGGCGCUCUACGGUGACUUUCGUGAUGGACAUAAUCAGACGUUGCAGGCGGCCGCAGGUGUCGAAUCAUAG